GUCCUUAUCGCAGUGACAGCGUGAAGAGCAUGGUAACAGAGGGAGUGAAGGCCGGGAAGUGGCAGACCGUCCAGGGCCACAUGCACUCCGGAGGACUGCGACCCAGCGAGUGAGUUGUGAAACCGGGCAAAAGCAAACAUUUCAGUCAUUUCAGUGCGGCAGAAAAAAAAAAAAAACAUGCAAUCACAAUGUUAUUUCUUUGAGAUGUUACCUCCCAGAAGCUAUGAUUAGAUGAAUGAAAGAUUCUUUAUUUUAUUUUUUUUAUGGCCAAGGAAGGUGCAGCUCAGGUUUCAAGGUGAGCAUGUGGGCACAGAUCAAGGCGUGAGCAACGGGGAGAGGUGAUCUUGCGUCAUCCUGAGAAGAUAACAAUAGUUCACUUGCACUGUAUCACACCGACUCAACCCGCAGCUGCGCCUGUAUAACUCUGCAGGAGAGUAUGAUUUAUUUAUGCGAGGAACUGCACUGCCUUGCAAGUGUGCUUUCGGAAAUGCAACACAAAAAAAAAACGGUCUCGUUUUCACACACUGCCUGAAAUAGUGCCUCACACCAUGCCAACCAGCCCGUUUAAUUAAAACUCCGCCUGAAACGUAAACUGCAUGUUGCAAACCCGCAGCCAUGAUGUUUGACAUGAUUUAGGGUCUAUACUCAGCGUCUCGCAAAUGAGGCAGUUAACUCUUAGUUCUUGAUGAUUUUUUUUUACACCUCUCUCCAGCACCUCGUGUCUAUGAUUUCUUCCUCCACAACACAUUUACGCUCAUCACUUCCUCGCUCCUCAUUCCUCCUCCUUCUUCCCUCAUCUUUCUUUUUGCCCCCUGUCUAUAAUUGGAUUCUAUUUUCAGGCCGCUAUAAGUGUCUGUGUCUCUAGUGUUGUGUCUCGCACCCCAUUUUCUCUCACCCUCCGCUGUUAUCGCUCCCUCACUCCUUCCGUCUUCUCCAUCACCAUGUGAGGCCACUCCUCCUCUUCUUCUUCUCUUCUCCUUUUGUACCCACAAACUUGUUCCAUUUCUGCAAAACCUUCCAUUUACCUUUUUUUUUUUUUAAUCCUUAUUUGUGACUGUUAGAGAUCAUGGACUGCACACUUAAAGCCUUAUGCAAAAUUGUGUUGGGUAAAGUAUGCCAGGCGGAGUAAAAAGGCACAUAACUGAUGUGAAUAGCGCUCUCAUGACCCAAUUCUGGUAGUCUGGGUUACACAGUGAUCUCAGAGAGAGUGGAGGAUAUAUUUAGUGAGUAUAAAAAAAUUACAUUAAAAAGGUUACAGUAGAUCCAUCACAACGAAGGCAAGAUGUAUGUGUACAUAAAAUGUCAACAACAUGCUACACACCCUCUGUUGUUAUGACUACUGAAACACUCUGAGGAAAGGUGGCGGGCCCAUGUAAAAUAAUUUAUCAAGGGGAGGAGUAGAAACUGAGUGACAGAGGGAGGGAGUUGUACUGUCGGACUUGGUUGGCUGUCGGGAUGUCUCCAGAGGUGCAGCAUGUAUUUAAAGACGAAAAAGACUAAGAGAGACAGGAAGACAGGCUAUCAGGCAUGUAAAAGUAGAAUGCCGAGAAGGGGAAAUGGGGAUCUCUCAUCACACCAAAAAAACCUCAUCGCGGAGGCCAGGGAGCAGCAAAGCCGCCGCGCGCACGCCGCGACGGGGUCAAGCGGCGCAGAAUGGCACCUUGCCCUUGCGGACCUUUCACAUCCGAAUCCUGCCUGCGCGGCACCCUUCCGCACGCAAACCGCACACUCAGGCGCGUAAGGCGCAUGCAAACCUGACGCAGGCACGCAGGCGGAGCUCGCAGUCGGCACACUUGUGCUGGACUCAGGCCUAUCAGCAGCACACAGCACACAACGAUCACUCAGGCUGCACCUUCUACUGCUAUUUCUGCUACUGCUGUUACUGCUGCUGCCUCACAGUGCUCUCCUUCUCUCUCCUCCUCCUCCUGUCUCCACCUCUAAACUCUCCAACCCCUGCCUCCCUCUCCUCAAACACCAAUCUUCCUCCUUCCUCCUCCCCCUCCCCCUCCCCCUCCCGGUCAUUAACCCCCUGUUUGGGUGAACUUUCCUGUAUCUUUCCUGAUGUCAACCUGACGUCCUUUGUUGUGUCCCCCUACUGCCCUGUGCCACCAUGUCUCCUGUCUGACCUCAUCACCUCUGAAAAACUCACCUCCUCCUGCCACGGCUCUCCUCCUUCUCCUCCUUCUCCUCCUUCUCCCCCGUCCUCCUAUGCAUCCUCCUCCGACUCCUUCCUCCCUCCUCAACAUCCUGUCCUCUGCCGGCCGUGGCCUUCUCUACGCUCUCUCUCCUCCCUGCUCCUCUGCCCUCCCAGCUUUGGGGACACAGUCUUGUCUUAUGCAUCCACUUUGGAUCACAUCCCCACCCGGCCUCGGACGCUGCUGCGCCAGCAGAGUCUUCAGCAGCCUCUCGUCCAGCCCCCGGGCCCGGUCCUCGGCCAUCCGCCCACCACAUCCCAAAGCUUGGGACAAUUACACACUGCGCCCGGACAGCCUGGGGGCGGUGGUGGGGUUGCUGGGACAGGAGAGGGCGGUGGCAGCGGUGGCGAGGGUGGGUGCGCGGGUACAAGAGGUGGUCCCCGGGGGGCACGGGGCGGCCCAGCCGGAGCAGGGGCCUCUCGAAAUAGGGGAGGUGGAGCAGGAGGGAACCCAAAUGCCAAUCCUGGAAGCUGGGAUUACAUGAUGGACCAGGUGAAGAAUCGAGGCCUGGACGUCAAAUCCUUCCUUGAGGGGAAGAUGGUGGUCCUGGCUUUGGCCAUAGGUGUGGCCGAGCAAGAUGACUUUGCCAAUAUCCCUGACCUGCAGGAAACAGCGCAGGCAGCACCACCAGCCAAUCAGGAGCCCCCUCCUGAGAAGAGGGGCAACAAGCCAGCUAACAGCCCCAAGGGUCAGCCUCCUGAUGCUGACGGCCACUCCUCAGUGACUGACUUAGCCAACUCUCUCACUGGAGACAUGGUGAUGCUGUCUCCAGGUUCGGAGGAUGACGACGGUGAAGGGCCUAUCAGUGAGAAGCUCGGGCGGAUCCAGUUCAGCAUAGGCUACAGCUUCCAGAACACGACCCUCACCGUAAAGCUUCUCAGGGGCCAGGAGCUCCCGGCCAAGGACUUCUCCGGCACCUCGGACCCUUUCGUCAAGAUCUACCUGCUGCCGGACAAGAAGCACAAGCUUGAGACCAAGGUCAAGAGGAAGAACCUCAACCCCCACUGGAACGAAACCUUCCUGUUUGAGGGCUUCCCUUAUGAGAAGGUGAGAGAGCGCACUCUCUACCUUCAGGUGUUGGACUACGACCGCUUCAGCAGGAAUGACCCCAUUGGAGAGGUGUCAAUCCCCCUUAACAAGGUGGAAUUGGGCCAGAUAAAGACCUUCUGGAAGGAGCUCAAGCCCUGCAGUGAUGGAAGUGGGAGAAGAGGAGACCUGCUGCUGUCUCUCUGCUAUAAUCCAACUGCCAACACCAUCACUGUGAACAUCAUUAAAGCGCGCAAUCUCAAAGCCAUGGAUAUCGGGGGCACCUCAGAUCCAUAUGUGAAGGUGUGGCUGAUGCACAAGGACAAGCGCGUAGAGAAGAAGAAGACGGUAACGAUGAAGCGCUGUCUGAACCCCAUUUUCAACGAGUCCUUCCCCUUCGAAGUGCCCGCCCAUGUGCUGAGGGAGACCACAAUCAUCAUCACUGUCAUGGACAAGGACAGGCUCAGCCGCAACGAUGUUAUAGGGAAGAUCUACCUAUCGUGGAAGAGUGGGCCAGGGGAGGUGAAGCACUGGAAAGACAUGCUCGCUCGACCGCGUACUAACGUGGCCCAGUGGCACGCUCUCAAGGCCUGAUCGCACUGCCCAGCUUCCUCCAUGGCCCCUUCCCCAUCUCCCACUCCCCCCUCCUCCCUUGCCUCCUCCUCCAACUCCCGUCCUUAUGCACAAGACUGACUUGCUGCCAGGCUGCGAAACACGGGUACAAUUAGCCAUCUGCUCUCUUAAACCUUUAAACUCUUGUGGUUUUCUUUCAAAAUCUUCUCUUUUCCUCCUCGUCAUACAAACGUGUCUUAGUUUCUGCGUCCCACCACUUUGCCAAUGGUCCCCCUGUUUCUGACUGUCUGUGUGUCUGUCUUUCCUUAUGCACUUUGCCUGUGGAGGUCUGAGUUUCAGUUUCUUUGUCGGCCCGUUGAUUCUGAACUGCACUGCAGCCCCUGACCCAUUUACGGUGCCAGUCCCAUGGGAUCACAGAGAAUCUUAAGUAGUGGUCUAAUCUCGUAUAUUCUUAUUGUAUGACUAUUCCAGGUACACAAUACUAUACAGUAUGUACUAUAUGUACAUAUACAUAUGAAUAUAUUAGGCGUAGAGAUUGGCAGAAGUCCCCCUAUACAAAAAGUCGUAUACAGUAUGUUAUUCAUAGCUUGUCUGCUGGUUCCUUCCUCUCUGUCUCCUCAUUUGUCUUCUCCUCCUCGUCAUCCGUCUGAAGUGUACGAUAUCCCUCUCAAAUUUCAAUCCUUCCUUCUUUUACUCAAAAGUGGUUUAAUGUUCAGGCUGAAGUUGUCGAAAGCAAUCAAUACCUGGUUAGUGAAACCAGCUGAACUCAAGAUGGAGUUGUUGAUACUGCUGUCUCUUCUCUCCCUCCUCUUUUUUCUUCUCUAGACCCUUCUUUAUCUCCUCCCCCCCUCUCUUAUUGUUCCCUCUUUCUCUUCUUCUGGCACAAUAUUAGUGGAUUCCCCCCUCGCUCGCUCUCUGGACUCUUCCCCCCCCCCCCCCCUUGUCGUCUGUGUGCUGUGGGUGCUGUGCUGUAGCUCCAACAAAAAUAGAGAUUAAAAAAAAUUAAAGAAACAUCUAACUGAACUUUCCAAAGCUGGGAAAGCUGGGAACACUACAAACUUGGGAAAAGGGUCGCUCCUGAUUUUUCCAGACAUAAAGCCCUGACACGGAGAGAGAAAAAAGAAGAUGAAAAGAAAAAAAAAAGAAAAGAGGAACAUGACAAACAAAUCCCCUCUGAUCGAUGAUGUCAUUUUUCACAGCAUCACCAACUGAGGAAACCAAUUUAAAAUCUUCUUCCAAUGUUAAGAUAAAAAAAACAGAAGCAAAUGGCAAAGUGCGUGUCGUUUGUGCACAUGCACACUUCUGUAUGUUUAUCGAUGCUUCAGAUCCUUUGUUCUGCCCUGUGCUCUUGUUUUGUGCUGAUGGGCAUCGAUCUUCUCCAGUUUGGACUGUAUGGUGUGCUGCAUAAAUGUGCGCCUGUGUGGGUGUGUGUUUGUGUGUAUGCGUGCAUGUUUUCCAGGGGCAACGGAAUCCAGACUAGGCAGAAAUCCUCUUCUCUUUUCUCUUUCUCAUCUCGCGCUCUUCUUGCUCUUCUUACUGCCAUUGUUUCCCCAUCCUCCUUUACUGCCCUGCCUUCUGAACGAGGGCACGGGGAAGUUCUCUCUGCACUUUUUUAAAAAUGUAAUAACAAUAAUAACGCUGAUGAUAUUUUUGAUGAUGAUUACAGUUCUGGUGAAAAUUAAGGGAGGAGAGUCUGAAAGGGUGAGCAGCAGUCGGGGAGAGGAGACAUUCGCUCUGUGAUUUCAGGGUUUGGAGAUGAAGUGGAGGGCACAGAGGACGGGUGUAGGGGCUCUCAUCCUCCUCUUUUUGUGCCUCUGUUUGUCCUCGACGUACCUGUGUGCGCUUCCGUGUGAGAGUACGUGAGUGUUGGAGCACGUGAGUGUGUGUCGGCUACCAGGCUCCCUGCGGCAGGCUGUUAGUGUCUGAAAUGUCAGGCGAGGAUUGAGAGAUCAGGCUUGUGUGAUCAUCACAUAGAGGCCGGACAUCACAACAAUGCUGCUGCACAAUGUGCGCCUGGAUCAUGAGUCUGUGAUGCUUAACAGUAAGAAAAUUGAAAGGAGGAAAAAAAAAGAUAAGGCUUUUCCUGAAACUACGAAUGGCCGUGUAUUUCUGAUGCUGGGUGUGAUAUUAGACGAUGUUUUGAUUUGCCACUAUGAGAUACUGUAGGAGCAGAUUAGACAUUAUCUCUACACUGAGAGCUUAAGAGCACCACAGUGUUCUGGUAGCUGCCUGCUCAGCUCAGCUCCAAUAUUUCUGUAACAUAAAUAAAACAGUCAUAAAGCAACAACAUGAAAACCGUCAGCCAUUAAGAGCUGCUCACACUCUCUCUCUCUCUCUCUCUCUCUCUCUCUCUCUCUCUCUCUCUCUCUCUCUCUCUUUCUCUCUGUGUGUUCUCUACUAAUGUCUCUGUCAGUCUAUCUGGGUUUUUUACAUUCAGAAAGUCCUGUGAAGCUUAAUCCUGUCAGCUAUUCAGGAAUUAUUUUAGUGAAGCAGCUUCUAAUUGAGUAUUUAACCUUGAGACAUCUUUAUAAUUUGAAUAGCUUAGCAAGCAAAUAUAAUCACUUAUUUGUACUUCAGUCGAAGCAUCACUGCCUCUGUUACUGCAUCAUCUUUAGUUUAUGCUAACUCAAAUGCAAAUCCUUUGAAGUUUUUUCUUAUUUACUUUGUUUUGAUUUUUUUGCUUCGAGAAGCCAGAUCACCAGAUCACCAAAAGACAGAUUAUGUAGUUCUAGUCUAAUCUGCACCAGGCUAGUCCUCGUCUGGAGUCGGCGUGAGCCAGUGUGCCUCUUCGUGUGUGGACUCGGUCCUGGCUCCUGUGAUGCACUGAUCCGGUCCAGCACCCUUCAGAACAAUUGGCCAGCCGUAAAACGGGGCCCACUGUUUUGACAGCCACUGCCUGCGGUGUCACAGCACAUUACACUCCCAUUAGGUGGUCUAAAAGGAGCAAUAUCUGCUUCCUUGGACCGGGGCGACUCACUGUUUGCAGAGGUAACGCUCGCUAAUAAUAAUACAAAACAUGGACACUCUCAUUAGUAACCACGAGGAUGAUGGAUGAGGAUAAUGGCCCGUCAGUCAGAGUGAGGAAAAUAAUUAGGAGGCGAUGGUUUCUGAAGCUCUAAAAACAAAUUGUGGUUUGAAUGCGCAGGUGUGCAGAUGAUGAGUCAGCAAAAUAGCUCUGCCAGUCCCUUUCACCAAGAUUACAUGUUGCACAGGCAGUGAUAAAUUGCUGUGCUACAGGAGUUUACAAAGCUUAGUCAUCAGUGACCCUGUAAACUGGAGGAUAUGGUGUUAUUUUUAGUAACGUGGCGCAGAGUGCGAUGGAGCUGAUCCUCUAAGGUAAACUGGAGGCUGCAGGGCUACAGGGUUAGGCUUUUAAAACUAACAACACUGAGUGCUUACACAGACUGCUUCAUAAAUUCAAAUGUAGCGCUUUGAUUAGACAGGAGGCUUUCUAUGAGUGCUGUUUUAGAGUACAACAGCACUGGGACUUUAAGCUGUAUAUACAUAUAUAUAUAUAUAUAUAUAUAUAUCUCAAGAUGUUCUGAAUACCACUUAUUGACAUUAGCUAACACUUUGGAUGAUCAAACUGGUACAUCACAUGUUACACAUCACAGAUGCAAUGAAAACAAGAAACAACUGACUCUUUCUUCAACGGUUCUAUGAUAGACGGGAACUUACAGAUAAUUCAGCAAAAUACAAAGUUUCUCUUCUGUAGUUACAGUGUGUUGAAUCAUUGAAAUUUGACUCACUCAGUCAAAUUGCAGAACAGUUGAUUGCGCUGUUGAUGGAGCAAAAAUAAAUUCUAAAAAACACAAAAUACAGAUCCGUUGGUAGCAAUCUUUAUUUAUAACUGUAUAAACCGCUUAUAGGUCGGCCUAACUGCAGCCAGGUGUCCAUUCCUGGAUCAUAGCCGUGCCGAUAUUCAGCACAUCAGCACUCCCGCUGAUGUACUUCUGCUGAAUAAAACAAAAAUAUGAAUAUUUAUCAUAAAUAUUAAAAACAAAUAUGAAUAUUAAAGUGACACUGAUAAAUGCAAUUACAACACAAUUCUUAAGCAGCCUUAGCAUUAAUAAUGUAUACUAUGAAACGAUGUGGAUUGACCUGAGUUCAAGCAACUAAUUCUAUACAUUUAAGGAAACACAGGAACAGAACAUUCAUCACAAAGUAUCCAGAAAGUGGCACACUCCUUCAAACAACCAGUAGUCCAUAAUCUUCUGUCCUCUUACUGCCAAACUGCAACAACAUUAAAGUGGAUGGAAAGCUCAGUGCCAAACAGUACAAAGCAGAAAGCAAUUUCUAAAUCCCACUUUUACUGUACUGCCACCUGUCUCACACCUCCCUAACGUUCUGCGUGUUGUUUGGCACCGGAGCUCUCUCAGCAGUGACCUUCAACUACACUGUGCUCAUGAAUACAGCCGGGCAAUGCUGCAGAUGUUCCCAGUCAACACUUUUUUCAUUUCAGACUAACUCUGUAUACUGUCUUUUCUCAUGGUUAGCCUCAGCUCGGUCUUUCAUUAGUUUUCUCUGAUGAAGCCAACUGGUUCCUGCAGGUGUGGAUGAUUACUGUUCAAUUAAAAAGGUUUCCCUAAAGACGACGGACACAGCCCACACCGCCCCACCACUUUGCCACUGAAUUAAAGCCUGUCAAAAUGGACUUUGGAGUUAUGUAAAUGAUACUUUUUCCCCAAUUUGUUUGAUUUUCCUCGAGCUAUUGUUGAACCUUUUAGUGACUGCACCAUGCAACUUUCUAAUUCAUCAAAGGCUGUGCAAUGCAUUGUGGGGUUGUUUUCAGCGCUACAGGUACAUUACAAAGACACUAGGGUUAUAAAAAUGCAUCAUAGCACUGCUCCGUGUGAUAUCUGUACAAAAUGUAAUUCAAUUUUCACUUUAGACUGCAAGCCCUGUGAUUGGUCCACUGGGUACUGCAUGGUGUGGUAGGAGUGAGCUCACUGCAAACAGAAUAAACACAGCCUCAUUUGAAUGCAUUCAAUGGAACGUAAAAUGACUUCCUCUGAAUGAUUAAAUAGCAAAUACAGAGUAUGUCAGGAAGCCAUGGUUAUAAAUAAACCUGUUAAACAUUAGCAUACAAGCACUAAGAAUGGGAACAUGUUAGAAUAUUUUGUCAUUAGCAUGUAAAUGGAAAGGAACAUAAAUUUCAGAGCAGCUAGCAUGGUUGUAAACCCUUAAUGAUGUUAUCGCGUUGUCCUGUUACAUAAAGUUAUCGGAUUAGUCAGCAUUUUUUCUUCUCCCCUCGCCACACUAAAACUCUUAAUUUGUUCAAUAUUUUUGGUUUAGUCCAAUUACCUGUAAAACAGCCUCAGUUUCAUUGGAAGUUUUGUACAAUUUAACAAAUGUUCGCACGCUCAAAGGCUGAAGCCCACCUCCUGGAAUUUAAUCUUCUCUCAGAUGUUUAUUCAAUUGUGUAUCUUGCCAAAUGCAUCAUUGUCACCAGCAGACUUCCACUCUCAGUUAUUGGCUGAAGGGGUCACACCUGUUUGCCAGAGGAUUAGUAAGAUAUUCUUUGGAGCCUGAUGCUAUUGUUUGUCCUUGUCAUACUCUCAGCCCCUUCCUUAUGCUGCAGGGAUAGUUUGCCUUGAUGGAGAGGCGUUAUUUAAAGACGUGUGUCAAUGACUCACUCUGUUGGAAAGGUGCCUGCUUUGCUGUAGUUUGUGCAAUAUUAAAUCAAGGCUACACAGUGCUCUAGGUGUGUGUGUGUGUCUUUGGAUUAAAAUCAGGCUGUAGUAAUCUCAUCCUGGAGGGACUGCAGCUGCGGUUUUAUUCUGCUGAAUCAUAUUAUGACGGCUGGGUCAGCACAGGAGUCGCCUCGCUCACCUUCCUCUUUUGUCCAGUCAGUGGUUGUGUGAGUCUCGCCCCGGCACAGACGGACCUCCCCUCCCCCCGACUCACCCUUUCAAUUGUUUUAAGCAUCCGGUGAAAACAACCUGAUGUGACUCCUCCCAAUCAGGGUUAAAGUAAGCAUUAUUUGAAUGGUAACAAAAUGGUUGUGAAAAACAAUAAUGAGUAAUAAUAUCUUUUUCUCUUUCUGUUCACAUUUGACUGUUAGUCAGUGUGUAUGUGUGUGUGUGCUUGGUGUUCUUGUGUUGGGUUUAUUUAUUUACAAAAAUGUGAUAAGAAAAUCCUUCUGUUUUUGAAAAACUUUAUGUAAAUAUUGUUGGUGAAAAUUAACAUAUGUUGUACGCCAAGUUUUCAUUUGUCACUUGAAAUGAUGAAGAAAACAAUGAUAUUCCUGAAUAACGGUGGUGAUGUUGAUGAUGAUGCUGAAGCUGAUUAUACCUGCCCUUCUUGAAUAAGGGCUUUUGAUGUCCGCUGUAUUUUUGUUGGAGGCGCUGUGAGGUUGCGGCAAGAGAGAUACAAAGGGAAGGAGUGAUACCCAACACAUCCCGGGCCCACUGUAGCAACACUGCCACAUCCCUCUUUAACCCCCCUUACACCUCCAGGUAAUAGACCUAGAGAUAUGUGACAUCAAUUGUAGCUUAUGUUCUUUAUGUCACACAAUAUCUUUAUAUUUGAACUACAAACGUGAAAAAAGAAGCUCCCCCAGCUCUUGGAGAGGACUGUUCUCCUCCCUGUGGAGUCAGUCUGCCCCGGUCGCUUGGCAUCACAUCUCACCCUGUCUGCUCAUAGGCACAGGGAUUUACUGUAAUGCCAUUGUGUUAGACAGGAUUGGCCCUGUACUGACACUGAUGAUGCCUUCCUCAUUGAAUUUGGAGUCAUUAUUGCUCUGCUGGAGGCCACACAUGGGGACGGGCAUGUAUUGGGGGAGAGAGUGGAAGGACGUACAGCAUCCUUCUGACCUCUUAAAGACGAUUUGCAUGCUUGUGGUUCAGCCUUUUUUUGGGGGGAGGGGCGGGGGGGGGGGGGGGGAGGGUUAGACUUAUGAUUAAGCACAACUGACUGCCAUGAACUCACCAAAUAAUAAGCCUGUCGUCUGCUUAGUCAGACAUUUGUAAGAACUCUCCAACUCCGAGCAAGAAAAAUCCAGGAUUAAUGCGAGAGCCAGACUAUGAAUGGCCAUUUCACAGACAACGAGGAAAUCAGGGUUUUUAAUCGUUUCAAAUGCAGCAAUGAAGAUUAAUCUUUCCAAAAUGUCCAAAAUAUGCCCUGUGCCUUGUCAGCAGGCAUGCAUUCAGCCAACUGCCACAUCCAAAAACAACAAAAUGCACAGGGCUGUAGUCCAGUUUUUCCCUCUGCAGGUGUCUGGACACCCACUCCUCCAUUUUCAAUGUGCCGUAUGUUUCCGACUGGGAGUGUGUACAGCGCAGGGAUGGAGCUUAUCAGUUUCACUCAGUUUUACUUUUAGAACCGUCUCCAGCACAGACGUCAAACGGUACAGCAGAUACUCCCUGCAGUAGUCUGCAGGAAGGACACAGGAUACAGUCCUGUCUCAUUUGUAAUACCAUCCUUCAGACGGAUUCUCAAGAUGAAAAUAUAAACACACACACACAAACACACACACAAACACACACACCCUCCAUCUGUCGUUUAUCGAUGCACUGAAAAUAAAUAUUCCUUCUUUUUCUUCCCCUUAGACCAGGUCCUUCAGAGUAUUUUUCUCUCCUCCUCGCUGGUUGUAAAUAGACUUUGAGAUUCAGUUAGAGCAUCCUCUAACUCCUGCCAUAAUGUGGGCAUCUUGAAUCAGGUAGGUAAUAAGCAAUACAUGUAAUUGAUCUAACGCCAUACAGAGAAAAUUUUACUCACCGAGUCUGAUUGUGACUCUGAUUUGCGUUGGGGGAUGUCGAGGGUAACACUCCUGUUUCUUCACCUCCUUUCUCCACUUGCCAUGGCUCACCUCUUCAACAAAGAGUGCUCUAACUUAAGACACACAAUUGUGAUGUGUACAAUCUAAUUUAAUGUAUUUAUUUAUGUAUUUUUGCCAACUUUGUAUAGUGUAUAAAUAUCUAUAAAUAUAUGAAAAAUGACAGUACUGUAUAGAUUUUAGCUGCCUGGUAAGGUUAAUAGUAUAUACUUGGUAGACUAAAAGAAAAAGCGUAGAGCUGUUCAAAAGCCAGUCAUUGAGAAAAUGCUUUCUGUCAAACCUGGUGCCACUGGCCUUUUUUAUAAUCUAGGUUUCGUUUCUGGUUUUUUUUUUUUUUUUUUUAAUUCUUGCCAGUGGGAACCAAAAGUGUGUGUUGUUCUUUUUUUCGUCCGUUCGUUUGUUUAAUCGGUUGGUUGGUUGUUUUUUUAAUUUAUUUUUUUUGCCUUGACAAGACACAGCGAGAUUCUGGCAGCCAGGAGAGUGCAGUGGAACGCAGACCGGGACCCUGUGCAGUAGUGUGUGUAUGUGUGUGCGUGUAUGUUAGGUGUGUGUCCGUCCAUAGUAGUGCUAGUGCUCUCUGUGCAGUGCCUCCCUUCUCCCUUCUCUCUCUCUCUCUGAUGUAGUUUGUCAUGUGAUGCAGAGUGUGUUAAGGUACAGGAUGACUGUUCACUGAAGCCGGCAGAUGCUCUCUUUCUCUCUCUCUCUCUGUCUGUCCAUGUCUCCUCUGCUUCUUCAUUACAACUCUUCAUUUUAAUCCUCCACCAUGUAUAGAUUUCCACUUCCUCUUGCUCGAUCGUUCAUUUACUCCCCCAUUCAGCUGGUAAUGUGUACACCAGCAGGGUCUAAUUUUCCAGUAAUCCAUGCUUUCUCAUCUAUCUGUGAUUUUUUUUUUUUGUCCAUUAGCAGCUCUCAUCCGUCAUUUUAGAGCC